ACAAAUGAGACGUCAACCAGAAGUCGACGAGUGGGAGGAGUCCAGGGCCAGUCCUGAAACGAUGUCGGAAACGGAUGACGACCCGAAAAUUUCCGUGCCGGUAUGAUUAUGAUGGUUUCGCACUUUCAUGACUUGUUGCAUUUUCAUGGGCGUUACUUUGAUGUCGAUAUUCUAACUCUUCUCAACCGCGUUUGUUCUUGGAAUACCCCAUCUAGAAUGCAAUCUUUGCUCUUUACCACUAACAUCUCGUUCCGGGUGCGACACACCUCAAGUUACCAUAAGCUGACAUCAGAACUAACUUUCCGCCCCGCAACAAACAUUCGGAGCAUAAAAGGCAUCAUCUUGGCCUCUUCAAGAGUGACUCCGAUCCUGUUAACCAUCACCAUCAUCCUUUCGAUCAUGUCACAACAUCGGUACAGAGACCUUCACAUAGGCGCCGCCUGGGUCAGCAUGAUUGAGCCCUCAACAGGCUCAGAGGCAUCCUUCAAUCGCUGGUACUCAGACGACCAUUUUUACGCUGGCGGCAUGUGUCUUCCGGGCAUAUUUUCAGGCCGUCGUUGGGUAUCUACGAAAGCACUACGCGAGCUCCGGCAUACUAAAGGCGACGAUAUGAAAGACAUUGGCUGCUACCUCCAUUCAAUCUCUUCGCUGAGCAUUUGUUAGACGAGAUCAAUGUCGCGCUACGUACAACACUGCAAGAUCUUGGAGCGAGGGGAAGAAUGUAUGGCGACGACGUCUCUAGACGGCACCUGUAUACUGCUAUCACGCGUUACCGAGGUGCUGUGUACAAGAUCCUCGAGUGUCCUGGAAAGUAUUUGAGAAGCAUGACGAAGAAAUCAAAGAGAAAGGCUUAGGAGACUUUGUGUUCGCGGGACCUUUCAUUCCCACGGUACCGGGGACUAAUCGGUAUGUUGAUGAGCUUCGGUAGUGUUUUGGACUGCUUUGUGCAUAUCAUACUCAGAAUGCCGGAGCAUUUCGACGACGGCUCGCUUAAGGGAUGGUCUGCAUUCCUCUACAUCAUGAUCACAUCGGAUGCUCUAAAUUCU